UAAAAAAAGAACUUCACCAUACUGUUGUGGCAUGGAUUAUCAUCGAAAAUCUAGACGUUUUUCUUCAAUAAAGAAUGUACACAUAGAGCAAAAUAAGGUUGAAGAAUGUCUACCAGUAGAGCAAAAUAAGGUUGAAGAAUGUCUACCAGUACAAUCAGAGCAAAAGGUUGAAGAAUGUCUACUAGAACAAUUGGAGCAAAAUGUUGUUGAAAAAAUUCCGUGUUUUCCUGUUCAGGGUACAAGAAACCAUCCUCGAAGCUCCUCAAGUUGUCCACACCAGUUUGUCAGCGAGUUGACUGUCCAGUUAAAAGCGAAGGAGACAAGGGUCAUUACCGUUCCACGUCACAGGCUUUUUGUCCUGGUUAAGGGGAGACCAAUCCCCCACGAGAUAUACAACGCUAUAUUCAACACUGUUGAGACCAACCUAGAGACCACGGAGGAUCUAAAGAACAGUUUAAACAAAUAUACAAUCUCAAGCGUGACAAACUUAAGCAUAAACAUAAAAUGGACAUUUUGGUAAAUUAAAUUUUCACGUACUUGUUAGAUUUAAGGACCUAUGUUUGUUGGCGUAUGAUUUUGUAGUUUGU